GCGCUGCCCUCAGUGCCCGCCGGGACUCACCGAGGCGCAGGGGCUGGAAGUGGCGCUGGGGUUUCAGCCUGGUGCCACCGAAUUCAUCAGAAGGAGUCAUGUGAUGCAAUGUUCUAAGUUCAGUACAGAAGAGUCUGUUGGGCUGUGCCAAAGCCAAAAGACAACCUACAGCAAUUUUGAAUGUGGAAAGACAUAGCAACCUUUGGGAUUAUUGCUUAGCAACUGCAAACACACAGAGGAGUAAAACUCACAGCCCAGCUCCACUGCAUGUCUGAGAAAUUCCUAAUUCACUUCAAGAUUUUUAAUGGUUCAUGGGCAUAUAUUAAAUCCCUGUUGAUUUGCAAAGCCACUUUGAAUGCAAGAGGAAUAAGAUCUAUUUUGAUACCUGCUCCAAAGUGAUUGAGGUAUGGCUGCUCAGCCAGAAGAAUCAGCCCAAUCUGCAGAUCCACAAGAUCCUGAACUUGGACAUGAGGAUAGGACUGCAGCAGAGAUGGAAAGCAAUCAGGGGGGUGAUGAACUGCCAUGUCCUAGCAAUUACACUUCGUGGAAAGAGUGUUUUCAUGAAAAGGUACAACAAAGAUGUCUUAAUCUGCAGGAGACAAAGAUGAGGCUGGUUCAAGCACUAAAGGCAGAAGAAGCAAAGGAGAGGAGGAGAGAACCUGGGGACUGUCUGGCCAGGGAGUGGUACAAUGAGGAGAAGGAGACACUCGAUACUCGCACCUAUUUGCUCGACAACCUCCUCCCUACAUUAAUCCAAGGAGCAGAAAAUUUGUUAAUGGCAGUGGAAAGAAACCAUGUGCUUGUGUCAGACCAAGAACCAACCAGAUUUAACCCCAUUAAUUAUCUUGGAGAAUAUCUGAUGAGGCAUAACCCUCAGUACAGUGUUCCUACAAAACCAGGCCCAUACCUGAGAGAAAUGAAGGUGGUCUCGGAGGAGCUCAAAUCUUUGAGGCAAGGUACAGCAUCACACAGGCUAGCUGAGAUGAAGGCUGAGGUAAAGAACAGACGUGAGAAAAGGGAGGAGAUGGAAAGACAGAAUGCUGAGGAGACAGCAAGGAGAAAGGAGGUGUUGGCAGCUCUGUUCAAGGAGUGGACAGUGGAUAGCCAUGACAGAAUCCCAGCAGCACUGGUUCAGAGUGCCAUAAGGUUUUUUCCAGAUGUCACUGAUUCUCUUCCUGAAGAUAUGCGAAAAGCAACCCGUGACAGGAAGCUGAAAAUCUUAAACACAUUGGAAAAAACAGUAUACCUAGUUGAGUUCACAAAGCUUGUCCUCUCCUACACUGAACAUGUUUCAAGUGACAAGUUCCAAAAAAUCAUGGAAUAUCUCCAUAAGUGUGCUGAGGACUUCCAAGAAGCAACAAAACAUGAGACGCGGAGGCAAAUUUUUAUUGACCUCUUCCAAGCUUGUGAUUAUGGAAAGGUUGGUGUCUUGGAUAGACAAAAAAUACUGGCCCUGCUGAGAGACUUCUAUGACAGAACGCCCAAGACUGAUGAGUGGGAACUCUGGAACCCCAGAGAAUGGCCAAUAAUUGAGCUGCAAGAUAUUCAUCUUAUGAAUUUCUGGGGAAGCCUUGGUGACCAGGAAGUUUGUGAGGAACUCAGUGAAAACUUGGUCUUGUCUCAAACAGAAAUUUCUGAGGGACAGAUUUUAGGAAAUGAACCUGUAGAUGAUGAUAGGGAAGAGACUGACAGAAUGAGCACCAGUGCUACAGAAGGAGUUGUUGAAGAAAUGGGCAUGAGUGAAGCUGAGACUGGAGGAAUUUCCAAGGAGGAAACUGAAGAAGCAGAGCCAAGUGCUUCUGAAGUGAGCAAGGAAGGUGAGGAUGCCAUGUCAGCUGUGGAAAGCACUGGCCUUGAAGCUACUGAUUUGGAUGAAGAACCUGGAUCUGGAAAACCAGAGGACUCCAUCCUGGGCAGCGAGCCUGAGACAGAAACAAAACCAGAAGGAGAUCAUACCUCAAACAGAGAACCUGGAUCAGAAGAGCAAGUUAGUCAAGAGGACAGUGGAGUUACAGAGACAGCACCUGAAGCUACAAGCACAGCCUCAGGAGACAGAGGUGUGACAGACACGCAUGUCACUGAGUCCCAGCAGGACACUCCAGCUGCAGAGGCUGUGAACGAAACCUCUGCAAGCAACGAGAGCCAGUCUGACCAACAGACAAGCUCAGAGACAAGACUGCAAGAUGAGGGUAUGCAUGACCAGGGUAAAGGUCCCAGCCCCAGCGUGGCAGAGAUUCAGAGCUGUCAGGAUUCUUAUAUUAAGAGCUUUGCUGUGAGCUGCCUCACCCUGCCACAGUUUGUACAGCUCAUGGACAAUUUUGUUGGUGAAGACAUUUCUCUGCCUACUGUGAAGAGGCUUACUGUAUUUAUCAAAGGAGAAUACAAACAGACAGAAGAGGAAAAAAUGAAACAACGAGAAAAAGUUCACCGCAUGUCUCAGGUGGCCCAAAGGAAGCAGCUUUUGGAGGCACUUUUUGAAAAGUGGGACAGCAAAGCAUGUGGGUCUCUGGACCUGGAAGAGGUGAUUGCUGUUCUGAGCACAUUCAAGGAAUUCAGGGGAAAAGAGGCCUUGAUGGAGGCAAAGGAACAGCUUUGCUCCCGAUACCCACAGCUCAGUAAAGUGGGGAAGCUAUCCCCAAAGGCAUUCCAGAUUUUCCUUGAGUUAAUUGCUUCCAACUUCACUGGCAAUGAGUAUGAAACAAUUGAUAACUUGGUGAGAUUCCUGACCACAAGUGUGGAAAAAAGUCACACCAAGAGCUUGCAGAGCUCAACCAGGAGGAAAUGGCUGCAGGAUAUCCAGAAAGCAGCUGAGACCAGUGGAACAAACAUGGAACCAGUGUACAGAGCAGUGAUCAAGGCCCUGUCUGAGGACAUGGAAGCCCAUGGGAAUAACAAGAGGAUCAGUGCAUAUAUUGCCCUUUUGGAAGAGAACCAGCUCUCCCCAGAGCAGGGCCAGGUCCUCCUGCGCUACAUGGCCUGUACCCCAGACGAUGCUCCCUACCUCCUAAACCGAGUACUGCACAGAGACAUGAAAGGGGUCAGCUUUGCAGCCAUUGACCAGGGAAAGCCAAUCUAUGUUCCAAGAGUUCAGCACCAUGGAAACAUUCACUUCUGGAACUCUGACGACCCUGUGGAGGAGAAGAAAGGUUCACUUCUGGUGCUGCCUCUGUAUGAUGCUCAUUGGAAAGUUUUUGGCAUUCUAGGACUUGACACUCUUCGGGAUCAGAGUCACAAAUCCAUCUUCCUGACACAUGAGAUCACUUUCUACGAGGGAGUUUGUCAUGCAUUCAGCAAAGCCUACCACCACAUCUGCAUGCGGGAAAAUGUCCUACAAGUGGCUGUCACUGCUCUGGACUGGUUGUAUCCCAGGACACCCAGCAUCCAUGCUGUCACAACCUAUCUGGUGGCACCUGGCAAAGACAAGAACUAUGUUCUGUGCAAGGUGAUCACUACAGAUAACACAGGACAAAAGGAAAUCCACAGGUCUCCUAUUGUUCUCUUCAGAGAGGAAAACCUCCUCAGAGAUUACCUGUUCAAGUGCACAGACAGUUCAGAGGUCACUCUCACUUCUGUCUAUGGAGAACACCAUAUUGCAGUACCUCUCCAUGACCUAUCAAGACAAACUCUCGGCAUAUUUGAUAUCAGCAUUGGACAGCACAAGAAAUUACCACCUGAGGAACAGAAAGACCUGCAGAAAAUGCUAAAGAUGGUCCAAGCUGCCUGCUCAGAGAUCCUGCAGAGGUUUCUAGAGGAAAGGGAACCGACAAAAUUGCUGGAGGCAGAACGUGUGACAAAUAGGAGGCAUGCAUGGAUUCUGUUCCACCGGUUCAUGCUGCAGGAGCUGCGUGAGUGUGUCCUGAAACUCGGUGCUGAGAGCUUUGCUAGAAUAAAGAGCUGUGCAGAGCCCCCAGCUCUGGUACAGGAUGUAGUUAAGGCUGUGCUGCUGCUUUUGCAUCCAGACUGGAAGGACUCAGAGGAGACUGAGAGCUGGAGUCAGUGUAAACUGAAACUUGAUGACAAAUUGAUUCAGGAGAUUUAUUGCUUUGAUCCAACUGCUUCAUCUGUGCAAGUUCAAGCAGAGCUUCUGCUGGACCUCAUCACUGAUGUCCCUCAAGCAGCAGUGUGGCAGCAGGACUCUGCUCCAGCCCAAUACCUGUACCAGUGGCUUCACACCUGCCUGGCACUCGCAGAGAUCACAAAAAGCCAACAGACUGGAAAAAAACAUCUUUAGCCCCUUUUGGCAUCCAGUUCUAGUGUGCCUCCAAUAAAAUCUCUUAAUUUCUCAUAUAA